AGGGCAGUGCCAUUGCUGAUAGAGUAGGUAGGAACGCACCACCUUGCGAUCUAGAGAGAGGGACAGCUGAAUUCUGCUACGUCUCCUGUAGAAGCUUCGGUGUAAGGGGACCUCAUCAAAUCUUCCGUGGAUUAACCUCUGCUUGGGUGACAGAUUGAACUUGGCAGCUGGGGCGUGUCUGUGGGCUCCUCUGUUUCAUUUAACAGGGAGGGGGUUUUAAACCGGAUUCCCUCCCCCUCCCCCUUUGCUGAGGAUGCGGAGUUCUGCAGAUGGACCACAGUGCAGAGCCUGGGCUCCAUCCAUGCAGCGUGUAGUUUCUGGUCAUCAGCUGCUGGACCCAGUUCUAUACCAUUUCAGACCUUUUGUUUCUUUUUUCCUUUGACCCAAAAUACAUACUACAAGAAAAAACUACAAACACAGUAAAUCAGUUAAAGGAAUCCUAUUUUCUUCCCAUCGUGUAUCAUGGCGCGAUUUCUUCAGUGCAGUGGAGAGACAAGAUGUGCUAGUCCCUGACUGGAACACGCCUUUGCUGAACACAACGGUGGGGAAGGCUCUUCCAUGGAUUGGCACCGGCCCACAGCAUUAACAGAACGCAGCAACCUUAGCCACUAACUGCUGUAAAUUUCACAGAACACUCAGAUCAACAAGAGUAUGCCACCCAUAUAGGCAAAAAUAAGUCAAACAAAAGACAGUUUCUGCACACUUUUUGGCUGUAUUCUCCACCGUUAUCUCUUCAACUUGUCACUCAUUUCCUCUCUGUCUCAUUCUCUUGCCAUCUUCUCUUAAAUAUUGUCUCUUUUAAGUCUUGUUGACUGACCAAAGUCUAGAGGAAAGUAAGCAAAAACAAGUAGAAAAACAAAAACAUCAACCUACAGAAAAAAGUCAUCAUGGGAGACAUAGCAAACAGUACUGUGGAUUUCUACCCCAAAAACCAGCGUGGAGAAAUGAAUCAUGCUGGUGGCUUUGGCUGUACACUGCAGGAACUCCGCUCCCUCAUGGAGCUGCGGGGAGCAGAAGCCCUUCAGAAAAUCCAUGACAGUUAUGGUGAUGUUAAUGGACUCUGUCGGAGGUUAAAGACUUCUCCAACUGAAGGUCUUUCUGGCAAUCCGGCAGAUCUGGAGAAGAGAAAACAGAUUUAUGGGAUGAACUUCAUACCACCAAAGAAACCCAAGACAUUCCUACAGUUAGUAUGGGAAGCUCUACAAGAUGUGACCCUGAUCAUCUUAGAGAUUGCAGCCAUUAUAUCUCUAGGUCUUUCAUUUUACCAACCCCCAGGAGAAGAGAGUGAAGCUUGUGGUAAUGUAUCAACAGGUGCAGAGGAUGAGGGUGAGGCCGAAGCAGGCUGGAUUGAAGGAGCUGCGAUUUUGCUCUCAGUGAUCUGUGUGGUGUUGGUUACAGCUUUCAAUGACUGGAGUAAGGAGAAGCAAUUCAGAGGCUUACAAAGUCGAAUUGAACAGGAACAGAAGUUCACUGUGAUCCGUAAUGGCCAAGUUAUCCAGAUUCCUGUGGCAGAACUCAUUGUUGGGGAUAUUGCUCAAGUGAAAUAUGGUGACCUUUUGCCUGCAGAUGGAGUGCUGAUUCAAGGAAAUGACCUGAAAAUUGACGAAAGCUCACUGACGGGAGAAUCAGAUCAUGUACGUAAAUCCCUAGAGAAGGACCCCAUGCUGUUAUCUGGAACCCAUGUGAUGGAAGGAUCAGGCAGAAUGGUUGUCACUGCAGUUGGAGUAAAUUCACAAACAGGCAUCAUAUUCACACUUCUCGGAGCUGGUGGAGAGGAAGAAGAAAAAAAAGACAAGAAAGGCAAGCAGCAAGAUGGGGCAGUGGAGAAUAAUCAGAACAAAGCUAAGAAACAGGAUGGUGCAGUUGCCAUGGAGAUGCAACCUCUGAAAAGUGCUGAGGGUGGAGAAAUAGAAGAACGAGAAAAAAAGAAAACCAGUGUGCCAAAGAAGGAAAAAUCAGUUUUACAGGGGAAGCUUACAAAGCUGGCUGUUCAGAUUGGGAAAGCAGGUUUGGUGAUGUCUGCUAUCACAGUGAUCAUCCUCGUUCUCUACUUUGUCAUCGAGACUUUUGUCAUCCAGGGACGAGCCUGGAUUGCAGAGUGCACCCCUGUAUAUGUGCAGUAUUUUGUAAAAUUCUUCAUCAUCGGUGUCACGGUUUUAGUGGUGGCUGUUCCCGAGGGCUUGCCGCUUGCUGUUACCAUCUCUCUGGCCUACUCUGUAAAGAAAAUGAUGAAGGAUAACAACUUAGUACGGCAUCUGGAUGCAUGUGAGACCAUGGGGAAUGCUACAGCCAUUUGUUCUGACAAGACGGGCACUCUCACAACCAAUCGUAUGACAGUGGUACAGUCCUACGUGGGAGACGUCCAUUACAAAGAGAUACCUGAAGCCAACAGCAUCAACCCGAAAACCAUGGAUUUGCUUAUCAAUGCCAUCGCCCUUAAUUGUGCCUACACCACCAAGAUACUACCUCCAGAGAAGGAAGGGGGCCUACCACGUCAGGUGGGUAACAAGACCGAAUGUUCUCUGCUUGGAUUUCUCCUGGACCUGAAACGUGACUACCAGCCAGUCCGAGACCAGAUCCCUGAAGAAAAGCUCUACAAAGUUUAUACAUUCAACUCUGUACGAAAAUCAAUGAGCACUGUCAUCCGACUACCUGAUGGGGGGUUCCGACUCUACAGCAAAGGGGCAUCAGAAAUCAUCCUAAAAAAGUGUUCCAGCAUUCUGAAUACCACUGGAGAGGCACGCAGUUUCCGUCCACGAGACAGAGAAGAGAUGGUAAAGAAAGUUAUUGAGCCAAUGGCAUGUGAUGGCCUACGUACCAUCUGUAUUGCAUACCGAGAUUUCUCAGGCAUUCCAGAGCCUGAGUGGGAUAAUGAGAAUGAGAUAGUGGGAGACCUCAUCUGCAUUACUGUUGUGGGCAUCGAGGACCCAGUUAGACCAGAGGUUCCAGAAGCUAUUCGGAAAUGCCAGAGAGCUGGCAUUACUGUCCGCAUGGUCACUGGAGACAAUAUUAACACUGCACGUGCCAUUGCAGCCAAGUGUGGAAUUAUCCAACCAGGAGAAGACUUCCUAUGCUUAGAGGGAAAGGAGUUUAAUCGACGAAUCAGGAAUGAGAAAGGAGAGAUUGAACAGGAACGUCUUGAUAAAAUCUGGCCAAAACUGCGAGUCCUAGCUCGCUCUUCUCCAACAGACAAGCACACCCUAGUGAAAGGAAUUAUUGACAGCACAAUUGGUGAGCAACGACAGGUGGUGGCAGUCACUGGGGAUGGCACGAACGAUGGACCUGCUCUUAAGAAGGCAGAUGUUGGCUUUGCAAUGGGUAUAGCUGGAACGGAUGUGGCAAAGGAGGCAUCUGAUAUCAUUCUAACAGAUGAUAACUUCUCCAGUAUUGUCAAAGCUGUCAUGUGGGGCAGGAAUGUGUACGACAGUAUCUCCAAGUUUCUGCAGUUCCAACUGACUGUCAAUGUAGUAGCCGUGAUUGUGGCAUUCACCGGAGCCUGCAUUACCCAGGAUUCACCAUUGAAAGCUGUCCAGAUGUUGUGGGUGAAUCUGAUCAUGGAUACAUUUGCUUCCCUAGCCCUGGCUACAGAACCCCCAACUGAGUCCCUCCUCCUUCGAAAGCCUUAUGGGCGUAAUAAGCCCCUCAUCUCUCGUACUAUGAUGAAGAACAUUCUUGGCCAUGCGUCAUACCAGCUCACUAUCAUUUUCACACUGCUUUUUGUAGGGGAGAAAUUUUUUGAUAUAGACAGUGGUCGAAAUGCCCCUCUGCACUCUCCACCAUCUGAGCAUUAUACCAUCAUCUUUAAUACCUUUGUCCUGAUGCAGCUGUUCAAUGAAAUCAAUGCAAGAAAGAUCCAUGGCGAACGAAAUGUCUUUGAUGGAAUUUUCAGCAACCCAAUAUUCUGCUCAAUUGUCCUUGGGACAUUUGGAGUACAGAUACUGAUUGUACAGUUUGGGGGAAAGCCUUUCAGUUGUUCACCUCUCAACACAGAGCAGUGGCUGUGGUGCCUCUUUGUGGGAAUAGGGGAACUCGUCUGGGGGCAGGUAAUUGCAACCAUACCUACAAGUCGCCUGAAGUGUCUUAAAGAAGCAGGACAUGGCCCUGGCAAGGAUGAAAUAACAGAUGAAGAGAUGGCAGAAGAUGAGGAGGAGAUAGACCAUGCUGAGCGAGAGCUUCGGCGUGGGCAGAUCCUCUGGUUCCGAGGACUUAACCGAAUUCAGACUCAGAUGGAGGUAGUGAGUACCUUUAAGAGAAGUGGCUCAUUUCAGGGUGCCGUACGUCGACGCUCCUCAGUCCUCAGUCAACUCCAUGAUGUAACCAAUAUUUCUACCCCCACUCACAUCCGGGUAGUGAAAGCCUUCCGUAGCUCCCUAUAUGAAGGGCUGGAGAAACCAGAAUCCAGGACCUCCAUUCACAACUUCAUGACCACCCCUGAGUUCCUGAUCAAUGACUACAUCCACAACAUCCCUCUCAUUGAUGACACAGAUGUUGAAGAUGAUGCAGAGCCCCCAGGUGUCUACAGGCGUAGCCCACCCCCCUCCCCAAAUAAAAAUAACAAUGCUAUAGACAGCGGAAUUUACUUGACUACCGAUAUCAGUAAGUCAGCUACCUCUUCUAGUCCUGGAAGUCCAUUACACAGUGUGGAGACAUCACUUUAACAAAAGUUACAGGAAACAUUUUUGUGGGAAAUGUCUGACUGGUAAUAAUUAAAAAAAGAAGAUAAGAAGGACUAGAUAAGUGAUGAAAGCUUCUUAAACUACCCGUGUGCUGCUACUGGUAAAGAAUGAACUCCAGAAACCCGCUGUCCACUGGGGGCACGAACUCUGAGAACUUUGGAGAUUUUUGGUUGCUUUUGAUUUUGCAUACAAAAGAAAUACUAUCCAUCAAAAAAGUUUUUAUGACACUUUUCCAGAAGCAAGUGUAUACUCUACAACGAAUUUACUUGUUCUUUCACAUUUCUCUUCUUUACCUUGGUUCUUAACCUCUGGCAAGUCUCCAGGCUAUGUUGACAAUUUCGGUAUGUCUGCAAAACCAACAAAGAAAAAAACUUACAGACUUGAGUAUUUAAAACAUACUACUACUAAUAAUAAUUAUAAUAAAAUAAGUAUUAAUGUAUGGGAGUUUCAGUACGUUUUACAUUAGAUGAACUACUUCUGCUCCCAGCUGCAGAACUUAAAAUGUCAUUUUUCAACCCACACCCACAGUAAGUACUGUAUUUGUAGAGGCAUGACUGGUUGUAGCAUUUAUUAAAAAAAAAAAAAAAAAAAAAAAGAAUUCAUAUAUAGCCAAAAUGUGAACAAUGGAGGUGUAGCAAUCUGUUAUCAUGUCUAGUUCAUGCAAUGUACAUAAAAUGAACCCACCUCCAUGCAGAUACUGAUCAAGUUCAAAAAGGCCAGAAAAAGAUUAGUACGUUCAUUUUCUAAAUUUGCUAGACCUUUUCCUAAAACUUGAAGUACUUCUUUCUUAUUUUGUUUGCCUUUGCUUCAUUAAGAACCAUCUGGCAUUUCUAUUUCUAUUCAGGAUAAAUAUUAUGAUCAUACAUUUUAUACUGGUUUCUCUCCUGUCUCUUUCUCUUGACAGAUGGACACAUACACAUAUAGUUGAACAUGGCUGUGCGCAUACAGAGGGGAGUUUACUUACAAAGCAUAUGCAUGUUUGUGUUGUUUUCAAUUGUAUGUGUAUUACUUUUACACAUCCAUACACACACACACACACACAUAUAUAUAUAUAUAUAUAUAUAUAUAUAUAUAUGUGUGUGUGUGUGUGUGUGUGUAUAAGGCAGCAGUAGGUGACAAUGGAAAUACAAUAACUGUUUUUAAGUAGACCAAGGAGAAUUUCAGAAUUACUUUUUCAGUGAUCUAAUGGCUCGACAAAUACAUUAUGACAGAAGCUAUGGGUAAAGUGUUUGUUGCAUUAAGAUAUUGCCCGUCCCUCAUUAAAGAGUCCUAUGAUUUCAGUGUCAGAUAUUGUUAACUAUCCAUUACAGCAAUGAGGGAAGGGAAAACUAUAAAAUAUCUUAAAACUUUAAUUACAUAGUAGUAGUAUAAUUCUAACAUAAAUAAUAAAAAUGAUAUGUAAUUGUUAGUAAAAGAAAUAACUUUUAGUAUCAAAAGAAAUCAUGCAGUACAGUUCCCUUCCCCUAAAACUGCAGCCCUUGUUAUGAUUUAUUAUUAUUAGAGAAAUUUUACGUAGAACACAGCACUGUAAACUAACCCUGGAACACGGACUUUACAAAUGCAUGCACACAGAUUCAUCAAGAGCAUGAAAUCCAAGAAGUAUCUCAUUUAUGCAUUUCCCUUUGACAUUGUGGAAAAGGCAGUGAGGUCACAAGCCUGGUCUUUUAAUGGCACUUUCUAAAGCUGAGCCUCAGUGAUAGAGAAACAGUGAUAAAUAUGGCUUCUAAGAUCGGUAUUCUCAGCAGUAUAUGUUAGCAAUCAGAAAUUAACAUUUGCAAGCAUAUUUUGGUUGAUUAUCUAUGUUAUGAGAUGUUAAGCCAAAACCGUAUAUGUGUUAAGACUAACAUCUCCAGUACUGAAGUAAUAUUUAAACUAAAAAACUGCAACGGCCAGACUAUAUUUUUGCUAUUGUAUUUUAAUUAGGAAGAAUGUGAUUAUCAAAUACCAGUUUAGUAAUAUUAAAAAGGAGAUGAAAGACAAAAACAUUAUUAAAGUCUUUAUCCCAGAUGGCAUAAUCUAAAAUUUAGUAUAUAAGUACAUACACAGAAUCAGUCCAGUCUGCAUCUUUCAGGCGUUUUGGAGCAGUCUGAUGUGGCCCUCAAGAGAUUUAUCACGUCAGUGUCUUGAGCAUGUCAGCAUCAUUCACAAUCAUUUAAAUUUGAAAAGAAAUCCAAAUAAAAGGACUAAAGUAUGCUAUCCAUACUUAGAAAUAUGUGAUUUGUAUGCAAUGCUGAUGCUUCAUAGUUUUUGUAAAUUAUUUUGUUUUACUAUUUCAGGGUACACACUGCUGUAGUUUGCAUCUGGCUUAGAAUUUUUUUUUUAUAUGUACACCAGUUUUGUAUACCAGGUUUCCAGCGAGCCUUGUUAAAGAAUUUUUUUCACUUCUUUUGUGCUAAUCUGGAAAACUCCUGUUACUAUCUUAUUGCUACCAGGAACAUAUAAUUUUUCUGUUUGUAUCUGUUUUUAAAAGAUGCAGUGAAUCAUAUUCCUCAUCUCGAGUUCAAAUGGUUGUGGUGGGUUUAUUGACAUACAACUUGACAGUCAUCAUCUAAAUGCACCCCAGUAGCCUCAGUGUAAGUCUGCUGUGAUGCACACAGAAGCCAAAGGUGCUUUUGGGACCAGUGUAGCUUGCAAGCCUAGAAUAUAUUACCUCUACACUUAAACAAAAUUCAGUGUCAAUGUGGCUAGUCCUCCUCAGGAUGGGAUAGCAGGCAACAGUUCAUCCCAGCCUUCCAGCCAACCCACCUGCAUUGGAGCUGCUUACUAAAACUUUAGCCACUAGCAGUAGCUAGAAGUAAAAUCUCUGGCUUCUAACUUAAUAAUCUGGGUGAGAUUCAUGUCUUACUUAGAAAUGUGAGAUAUAGUUUCCAGUCUGCACUGGUUGGAUGCUGCUAACAGACUUCCAGACUUUAUUUUUAAAUGGCUUCAGAUGCCAUGACAUGUACCUAUUUCUGAAUGGAAUGCAUUUCAGCAGAAAUCUAACCAUCUAUAUUGCAAUAAAAUACAAGAUUUUAUGCUCUAAA